AUGGCUGCUUCCUCUUCCUCUUCUCCUCAAACAGACACAUGCCUUAACUUCAUCACUCAUCUGCUCAAAGCUCCGAAAGAGGCGAUGAUGAGUGUCUUCUUCCAUGAUGAAAAACCGGAGCAACUUUCACAACCACUUUCUCCAGUAAUAGCCUCUUCUUCCUCUUCUACUCGAUUGAAGCAUCAGGUUUUCUUGAGCUUCAGGGGUGAAGACGUACGCCUUAAUUUCGUCGCUCAUCUACUCAAAGCUUUGAAAGACACGGGAAUGAAUGUUUUCUUCGAUGAAGAAAAACUAGAAAAAGGGGAGCAACUUUCGCAAGCACUUUCUCAAGGAAUUGCAGCCUCAAAUCUCUCAAUAAUUGUGUUGUCAGUAGACUAUGCUUCUUCAAAAUCAUGCCUGGCUGAACUCUAUGACAUCAUGCACCGCCAGGACACUCAAGGACAUAUUGUUCUUCCCAUAUUUUACCAUGUUGAUCCUUCUCAUGUGCGGAAUCUUGGUGGCAGUUUCAAAACAUCCUUUGAUGGCCAUGAAUCAAAUAGGCUACCUCAAGUACAACGAUGGAAAACUGCCUUCGCUGAACUCGGUAAAUUAAAAGGAUGGCAUAUAGAAGGAGGCAAAUUCGACAGACCUGAAACUGAGUACAUCAAGGAUAUUGUUGAAUAUGUUAUAAAGAAGUUGAUGAAUAGCAAAUUUAGAAGUGCUUCUGCAGAGUUGGUUGGAAUAGAUGAUCAGAAAAAGACGAUUUUGAGGCUAAUUGAGCAGGAAGACAGUCGUCUUAUAGGACUCUGGGGACAAGGUGGUAUAGGCAAAACUACCCUCUCUGAUGUUAUAUUCAAUGAAAUCUGUCAUGAGUUUGAAGACCAAAUAGAUUGUUUUGGUGUUAAACAGUUUGGUGAUGGAAGUAAAAUCAUUGUAACAUCAAGGGAUAGACAAGUACUUAAGAAUGGAGGUGUUGACAAAAUACACGAGAUUUUGAGGAGUAGCUUUGAUGACUUGGAUGAACUAGAGAAGAAUGUAUUCCUUGAUAUUGCAAUCUUCUUUAAAGGAAAACUCAAAAAAGAUGUAGAAAAAAUUCUAAGUUGUUGUUAUAAGGGUUCUGUAUGUGGAAUAAGCAACUUGAUCGACAAAUGCCUGCUUGAUAGCAAAUAUGAAGAUGAACGGAUUUUGAUGCAUGAUAUGCUUGAAGAGAUGGGUAAAGACAUUGUUCGCAAAGAAUCUAUAGACCCUGUAAAGCGUAGUAGGUUAUGGAGUGCUAAAGACGUGUAUGAAGUGCUCAGAUAUAAUAAAGGGAUUAAUCUAAUUCAAGGAAUAAAGUUAGACAUAUCUCAAAUUGAUAAUCUACGGUUACAUCAUUCUAUUUUUGAGGGCAUGAUUGAUCUUAGAGUUAUCUUCUUCUACACUUCCGAUACGUUAUGGGAUAAGUGUCUGGCAGAGAAACUUCUUGCAGACCAAGUUGAUAGUAUAUCUCUUCCUGAUGAGUUAAGGGAAAUUGUAGUUGUUGGCUGCAAGAAUUUAAGAAAGAUCCCAAGUUUAUUAGGAGCUAUCAAUCUUGAACUCCUUGAUUGCUCUGAUUGUAAAAGUUUGGUUGAACUUCCAUCCCUCAAUCAUUUGGCAUCACUUAAAAGGCUUCAACUUCAGGGAUGUCAUAAACUCAAGAAGCUUCCCGAGAUCCCAAAUAACUGUCCUUUUUUAGUAUUACAGGAAAGUGAAAUAGAAGAAGUGCCUGAUUCAAUUGAGCUUCUCAUCGGACUUAAAUGCUUGCACUUGAUGUACUCAAAGGUAAAAAAAGUAUCAAGAAAUAUUUCAAAGUUGGAAUGUCUUAGUGCUCUGACUCUUGGUGAUUGCCCAUUAGUUGAAUUUCCAGAAAUCCCAAGAAGCUUAAGAGUAUUGAACUUACCUGGAACUCAAAUUGAAGAGGUGUACCUGUCUCUCGACUCUCAAAGUAAUCUUCGGACCUUAAAUAUGAGUGGCUCAAGAGUAAAAAAUGCAUCCAUCAAGAUGGAAUCCCUUCGUGAUCUGAAUCUUAGUGAUUGCCCAAUCGUCAAAUUUCCCGAAAUCCCAAGAAACUUGAGAAAAUUAAACUUAUCUGGAACUCAAAUUGAAGAGGUGUCCUUGUCUCUCGACUCUCUAGGUAAUCUUCAGACCUUAAAUAUGAGUGGUUCAAGGGUAAAAAGUGUAUCGAUCAAGAUGGAUUUGUUAAGCAUUAGCCUGCAAUGCAACAUAUGGCUAGCAAGUCAAGCAGCGGACCAAAUGAUGAGCUUCACACCACCUCCACCUCCUGUGUUCACUGGUGAGAACUACCACAUUUGGGUGGUAAAAAUGAAAACGUACCUUCAGGCACACGAUCUAUGGAGUGCAGUGGAGAAUGAUGCCGAGCCACCUCCAUUGAGAGCCAAUCCCACUGUUGCUCAGAUGAGACAGCAUGCAGAGGAGACUGCCAAGAAGCCUAAAGCCAUGGCCUGCUUGUAG